ACUUUGUAGUCCAACCUUGACCUUCUAUGAAAAUAAUCUGUGAGAUCACUGACAGUUGAAAUUAUUAAAGAGUAAAACCACGAGAUUUUACCUUUAUUUUCAGCAGCACAACCAUAAUAAAUGGACAUAGAAUGACUCUGUUAAGUAAUUGAGUUAUUGGGUUUGACAGGUAGGAAGCUGGAUUAGCAGGAUGACUGAUGACAUUACCUGUAAUUAGGGGAGAUGACUGAUGACAUUACCUGUAAUUAGGGGAGGGCAUUGUCCCCGUCACUCACAGUUUACAGUGCUGUGACCUUAAAAAGCAAAUAUGGAUAGCUUAAUUGUUGAUUUGGACAAAGUUUUAGAUGAUUUUGAGGCAGAAGAGACAGGAGGGAAGGGAUGCCCAGGGCAGGAGACCAAGCCCUCGGAUUUCUCCAGCUACGUGGCCCUGAAGAGUGACAGGCCCUGGGAGGAGCUCUCUAACGUCACCAGCACUACCGACUCAACGUGGACAGCCGGCGUUAAUCACACCAAUGAAAUGGCAGCCUACGACAUCCCGUACAGUCCGAGUGAUCAGUUCGACCUCUCAGAGGCAGACUUUGCCCCGGCCACAGAAUAUAAAACUGGUUCCUCGUACAAAACUGGUUCCUCCGAGAAUAGUGCUACCAAAGUGGCUACCAAGCCUAGUCACCUGGUGAUGAAUGGUGAUCACAAACUGGAUCUGAGCCAGGUCAUCACAAACGGAUCUCAGGACUAUAAAUACCCCAUACAGGCUCGGGACGAGUUUACUCCGGUGUACGAGAACCAGCCAUUUCCCCCCGACCUGGCCCACGCCAUCUCAAACGGGGUCAAUAAGUCAAAUCUAACUUACAUUCAGGAGAUCGGUGAGAAAUCAGAGGAAUUGAAUCCCUCAUAUCAGACUUACACUAACAAUACGGGGACGUACACCCCACCCAGGAUAAAAUCUCACCAACACGUGGUACCCACCACCUAUCCCUCGGUGGAUAAUUCCAUUGACUCUGGUGUUAACAGUAUAGACAGUAACAUGACCCUCUCCCCUACAAACUUAACACUGCGACCAAUGCCGAUUCACGCUGGAAACUUCAUACAGACACAGGAGGCCAUGGAAGUCAGUGGUACUUCACAAUCCCAAAGUCGUGACGCACUGGCCAGGCAGGAAAAUAUAAGGUCAGUGAAACCACAGACUCCACAAAUAGUGGACAACUGUGAGGAACAGACAGGGUCUUCUAGUCAUGACAUUGUUAAUGAUGUCAAGGUUUUCAACCAGAAAUCUAUCUCUGUUUCUGAGCCGAGGUUUGAUGUGAACAAUACGGAGGGCAGGCCCUCAAACAGGACAGAUUUGUCUGUAGGAUCAGACAAACAGACAGACAGUGCAAUCAGUAACAGACAGACAGACAGUGAGGGUGAAGUGAGUUCUAGCAAGGAGCAAUCUCCCAAUGAACAAAGUAUUAAGUCAUGUGAUAAGACAGAAAGGAGUCUGGAUUCUGUUUCCUCGUCGAUGUCACAUGACAUCUCACCUGAUUCAACGGAGCCUAAAUACGUUGUACAACCUAAGACAGAACUAGACGUACAAGGGAGUGGCUAUUCUGUAGACUCUGACGGUCCUGUAAGUCUGUCUGACACAGUGGAACCCCCCAGUAAUAAAGAACAACUGGAUAAAGAACAAGUGAAUGUUAGAGAUAGUGAACCCAUAGAGGGCAGUAAGAUCAGUUCAAACAGCAAGCUGCCAACUUCAGAUUCACCAGCAACUGUGGGAAUAUCUCCCAUAACUACAAACUCUAAUUCAGCAGUGGGAUUCUCUCCCGUAACUACAAACUCUAAUUCAGCAGUGGGAUUUUCUCCUGUAGCCACAAAUUCUAAUUCAGCAGUGGGAUUCUGUGACACAGAAGUAGACAUAUCAGACUUGGACAAUUAUCUUGGUGAUGUUAGUAAUAUAGAAACUGAUGGACAGAAUGCUAGUGUUCACCCAGAAAAAUCUUUGAUCCACACCACAGAUUUCACAGAUUCUACUCAAAGACAAGUACAACAAAGUGAUACUGAGAGUGAAAAUUUGAUGACGGAUAAAGUGAUUCAGCCCGUUAACUGUGAUGUACGUGAUGAAAAUGUUGCUGGGGAACGAAUCAACAAUGGCCAAGAAAUGGUGAAUGAACAAAUCUCUCAGGGUGAUGGAUUUACUAUGGAAAAUUCUGUUAUACAGAAUGAGUCAACUACCAGUUUGGGGGACCAGAAUCUAAAGUCAAUGCCUCCCAAUAUGGGCGCUCGUCCUAAAGAACCCCAACAACUAAUGGCCACCCCUCCAACUGAACCACCAAAGGCAUUAGAGGCUGAACCAAAGGAAUUCACAGAUCUAACUGUUCAUAGUGAGCAAAAUAUAAAACAGGCCUCAUCAGUUCAAAGUGAGCAAGUGGUCAGCAAAUUUGACCCGAGCGUUCCGAACCAUGACUCAGUGGAAGAGAUGGAUCCUGACCUUGCGGCAGCCAUCGCUCUGUCACUGCAGGAGAGUGGGUUAGAGGGGGCUGUGAUGAGGCACCCAGGGGAUACUGGUCAGCUGGCAGACCGCCCCCACUCCUGGGGUCCCGGGGAGGGAGGCACUCAUCCACAGAGGCGGCCCAACAGUCUGAACCUCCCCCCACGAGGGGAACACGGUCAUGAGAGGUCGUCGGCUCCCUAUACAUUCCCCUACCCCAGUAACUCAGAGACCAGUCCAGAGGUGGACGGAGAAACAGAGAAUAGGGCUUCACAGGAUCUGAACACUUUGCCUGAAGACACAGUACCGUAUGAAGAACCUGUGGGGGCAGGAUAUAAUCCCUCGGGGGUAGGGCGAGUGGCCCCUCGAUGGAUCCCUGACAGCGAGGCACCUAAUUGUAUGGGGUGUGACAUGAAGUUUACGUUUACAAAGAGGAGGCACCACUGUAGAGCUUGUGGAAAGGUGUAUUGUUCAACAUGCUGUAAUUUGAAGAGUCGUCUCCCUUACAUGGACAACAAAGAGGCUCGCGUGUGUGUUCCUUGUCAUCAAAUGAUCGAAGCAGAUUUGUGCAAUGAAGUGGAGCAGGGCAUAGCAUCAGCUACAGGUGAACGACCUUUAACCUCUCCCCCCACAGGUGUACUCAAGCGAGACGGUUCCCAGAGGAGACAUGAGCCCAAACAGGUGAUGUUUUCUGAUGGAAUCCGGCCUGGUGGUGAUUUAACCGAGCUUGAUGGUUCAAACCAGGCAUCCUCCCGACUGCCACUGCGCCGGUCCCAAAGGAGUCAGAAACGAGUUGACAAGUCCAACACAGAUGGAGGAGGGAGACGAGUGCGCUCGAGUGAGACCAUGAGAACUCAGUGUCUGAUUCCCGAGUCAGGGCUCCCCCCAGUGGUUAUACCUCCCAAGUCUAAUGAAGAGUUGACACUUGAAGAAAAUCCCUCCAUGGAGAAGUACUUACCACAAAUAAAAGAUGAAACUGCCAGCCCAGUGACCUUUGCCCUUUGUUCCAAUCUUCAUGUUUUGACAAAAAUAUUGACCUUGGACUGUUGUGUAAAUCGUGUGUGUUGGAGUUUUACCACACAGGGGAUGUGUACCGUGGGACAGGAUGAGAUCGUCAUUAUACUGGAGUGUCUACCCGACGAGGAAAUGAUACCUGUGGAUGUGUUCAGACAUUUAUAUUAUGUCUAUGAGGAGGCUGGCAAAGGUAACACAGUCUCAGACAUGGGACAUUCAAUAUUUACUCAGACAUUCCUAGAUGACCGGGAUCACGGAGGGUUUCUGUACAUAAAGCCAACCUUCCAGUGUCUACAUAAACUUGUGCUCCCCACACCUCCCUACUUAUUUGGGAUCCUCCUACAGAAAUGGGAAAUGCCCUGGGCCAAAGUCUUUCCUAUUCGCCUCCUGUUGAGGCUUGGUGCGGAAUACAGAUACUACCCUUGUCCUUUGAUCAGCAUUAGGAAUCGUAAGCCGGUCUUCUAUGAGAUCGGACACACGAUAAUGAAUCUCCUGGCUGACUUCCGUAAUUUCCAGUACAUGUUACCCCAGAUCAAGGGAAUCACAAUACACAUGCAGGACAAACGGACAACUAUCAACUUCCCGAGGAAUCGAUACGAAGAUCUUAUGAAGGUGGUUGAAAAUAGUAACGAGCAUGUGAUGGCUAUAGGAGCUUGCUUCAGUACGGAGGCCGACUCCCACUUAGUGUGUAUCCAGAAUGACGACGGAAAUUAUCAGACCCAGGCCAUAAACAUACAGAACAAGCCAAGGAAAGUGACGGGAGCCAGUUUUGUUGUGUUCAAUGGAGCCCUGAAGCCGAGUUCUGGACUGAGGGCGAAGUCCAGCAUUGUGGAGGAUGGACUGAUGGUGCAGAUCACCCCCGAGUCGAUGGCGGCCCUCAAACAGGCCAUUAAAGACAUGAAGGAGUUCACCAUCGGGUGUGGUCCUCUGUCCUCACAGUCUCCGGAGGAAGUGGUCCUCAUUCAGUGGGUCAGGGAGGACAAGCACAUCAAUCUCGGAGUAAAGAGUCCAAUAGAUGGUAUGCCAAUGGACGGCAUCACGAGUGUCCAUAUUCCUCACGCCACGGACUACGCCGGGGAACACCGUGUCAUCAGGUGGACCGACGUCUUCUUCAUCGAGAACAAAGACGGCGGAUCUCGUGACCCAGUAGACGUCAGUCACAUGGCGGAGAUGCUGGCCAGCGCCGCAUGUAUUGCCCUCACCCCGCGUCUGGACCAGUUAAAGGAGGCGGGCCUCGUAAAGCUGGGACUCCGUGUGUCGCUGGAAUCUGAUAAGGUGGGAUAUGACAUAGGAGCCAAUGGAGAAAAAUUACCAGACAUUUAUAUGAAUGACCUUGACAACGAGUUAAUUCCUGUUAUUCACAGCGCAGUCCCUCUCUGUCGAGGGGGAUCAGUGGUCUUAGAGCUCAUAUUUCACAUUCUGGAGUGAUCACACAGAUUCACUGGAUUCGUUUACGAUUAGUUUGUCAGGCUGUUGUGAUAUUUAUAGAACUGAAAUGAAAUUCAGAUCAUUGUUAUCUCAUCAUCAACACGUUUUAGUUACAGGUAUAUUCAGUGUAUAAUAAAAGCUUUUAAAAUGGCUGGAACAUGUUACAAUUUAUGUGUAUUUUUGUCUGUGAAAUGUUCUUAAUGUAUAGGUUUUAUUUAUUCAGAAAAUUUUAUAAAGGAAUAUAUUUCUAGCCAUAUUGCAUAGUAAUUUUUAUAGUACAUUAUAAAAAUAAAUGAUAUGUACGUGCUUAGUAUCAUUAGCCAUGUGUAAAUUGUUGACAACGGAAAAAUGAAUUUCACACAUUAGAAAGAACAAAUAUUGUCUUUUGUUUCUGUAUUGUGUACAAAUUUUGUAUGGUUGGUAAUCGAUUCAAAACAAAUUUAAUUUAUACCAAAUUUUUAAGUAGAGUCUAUCUACAUAAUAUAACAAAGUUCAUAUUAGUUGGUUUCUGCAUAGAAAUUUAUGUGUGCACAACAAUUUAUCGUAUGUUAAAAUUAUAUCUUGAUUGCUGUGUAAUAGUGUAGAUGUUAAGAUAAAUGGGAGAAAUGCUUGCUGGUUUGCCCAUUGUGACAGCGAUUCAUUUUUCAUUGAUUCCCAAUGGUUUUAUUUAUCAAGUUUGUCAAUUUCUGUGCAUUAAAUUUUUAGGAUUAUUUUCAGUAUGUCAAGUUCUUUGUUUGUCUAAUGCAGGAGUAAAUAUAUUUAUUUACUUGGUGUCUUUCUUUCUUUUCUUUUCUUUUCUUUUUCUUUUCUUUCUUUUUUUUUUGGCAAUACUCUUCUGCAUUUAGAAAUGAUGUAAGAUAUGAUAUUUGUUUAUUUAUUGCUAUAUUAACUUUCAGUAUGUUUUGUUAUAACGUAUGUUUUUAUUUUGUGAAAGUAAACAAAAACUGAAUUUUGAAAGUAAUACCAUUGAAAACAUGUACACAUUAUAUGUAAUAUUUAUUUAGCUUGUAAGCUUUUGUUAAACAUAAAAUAAUAGUCAUAUUGUUGGAGAGAUUUAUUGUAAUUUGUUAUCGGUGUAUAAAAUUGUAUGUAUGAUGGUCUAAUCCUGGUAUGAGGUGUGAAAUUAUCCACAAUAAAAAGAUAUUCUACCUACA